GGGCCAGACUAAAAGGAGCCUCGUAGCUAAGCAACUAGUAAACAUCCACAUAAUGCAGGCAGCUGCCGACACAUCAAUAAUGUCGUCGAAUUACUCUGCGAACCAGUAUGAGAGUUCUUACAAGUCGCAGAGACUGCAGAACUGGUGCGUCUCUAAACCAUGCAGACAGAGACCCACUGCUCUAGAAGGUCACACCACUUUCAUUGCUGAUGACAGAGGACAUCUGAUGCCAGGAGUUUCCAAGAGAGGAAGCUCCUGGCCGGCCUUCAAGGGGACCUGGGACCUCCCAGCUCGACUCCCCCCUCAGGGCCUCAACCCAACCAGCCGCUCUGUGGAGGGCUGGAACCGACUUCAGGCGCUUCACGGUGGUCCAAAACGCACCCGCACAACUCAGCCUCAAGAGGACAGCAAAGACACGCCUCAUCAGGCAGAACACGAUGCACCGCAGGACUGCUCCGCCACCAACCCCACCCCCCCACCUCCAGCCCAGUCCCAGGAACCCCCCGGCUGCUCUGGGGUGGAGAGGCCACCCAGCAAGGAGGGCCGACAACCCCUGCAUGUUUAGCAAGCAGUGUGUGAUCUUGGGUUUCUACGUCCAGGUGUUUGGUCCUGUACUCUGGCAUGCACUCAUGCUGGCUUUCAUUGGUAGUUUGUACUUGGGUUGUAGCAUCCUUCUCUCUGUAUAAUAAAGAGCAUCUAUAAAGUCGCCAGCAGAAGUCCCCAUGAGACCCUCAAUGAGAGUAACAUCCUCCGUGAGAGUAUCAGCACCGAGCCGCUGAGCGGCCAUAAGCCGCUCUCUUAUGGCCGCUCAGUUACAGCACUGAGCGGCUCCGUGUCAGCACGGAGCCGCUCAGGAGCCAUGUUCAGGCACCCCCGCUCCCAGCGAGCUGUGGCCCCUAGUGGCCCCUCUGGAUUAUAAUGCUGUGAGGAACCGUGCAUUGUGGGAGUCUCAAUGAUUGUUCAAACACUUCAUCAGUCAAUGUUUACAUUUACAGCCAUAUACUGCCAAGAGUCUUGGGAAAAUAAAAUUUGCCUCAAAUUACA